AUGCAGCGCUUCCUCCACCUCAAACACCUCCACCAGUUUCACGCCCGUGCCGUCGUCUCCGGUCUCAUUCACGACCCCUUCGUCGCCGGCAACCUCCUCGAGUCCCUCCUCCGCCUCGAUCCUUCCGCCCUCGCUCCCGCCCUCGCCCUCUUCUCCCACGCCCGCGCUCGCUCCCCCUUCAUGUGGAACACCCUUGUCCACGCCCACCUCCUCAACGGCCUCCCUACCUACGCCCUCUCCUUGUUCGCCCAAAUGCUCCGCGACCCCACCUCGCCACCCAACCGCUACUCCUUUCCCAUCGCCCUUAAGGCCCUCGCCCUGCUCCAGUCCUUUAAAGACGGCGUGUCCCUCCAUUCUAAGAUCCUUAAGCUUGGCUUCGACUCCGACCCCUUUGUCCAUGCCACUUUAGUCCAUUUCUAUGGCUCCUUUGGUCACGUUGGGGAGGCCCAUAUGGUCUUUGACUCGAUCUCCGAUCCGAGUGUCAGUGCCUGGACUGCGCUGCUCUCUGGGUUUGCAAAAUUAGGACAGUUGGAGGUUGCCAGGGAGAUGUUUGAUCGAAUGCCUGAGAGAAAUUUGGUUUCCUGGAAUGCCAUGAUUUCGGGAUACGUUCAGGGUGGGAGACCACUACUGGCUCUGGAAUUAUUUCAGGAGAUGCUGGUCUUGAACGUGCGGCCGAAUUCCUCUGUUAUGGUUAGUGUUCUAGUGGCAAUAGCCGAGUUGGGAGCUCUUACACAGGGGAGGUGGGUUCAUGCUUACUUGGAGCGGAGCGAAGUGGAGUGGAGCCCCAAUCUGAGGACAAGUUUGGUGAAUAUGUACUCAAAAUGUGGGGAUGUGACGAGUGCGAGCCAAACGUUUGAUAGGAUUAGAGACCGAGGGGUUGACUUGUGGAAUGCAAUGAUCACAGGGCUUGGAUUGAACGGUAAAGGGAAGGAGGCAUUGGAGCUUUUUGAUACCAUGUUGUCGGAAGGAUUGAAGCCUGAUAACAUGACCUUCAUUGGUGUUUUGUGCGGAUGUAGCCAUUCAGGGUUGGUAAAUGAAGGAAUGGAAUGCUUUGAGGCCAUGAGCCAAUUGCACAAUGUGCCACCCAAGGUGGAGCAUUAUAGUUGUAUGGUGGACCUCCUCGGGAGGGCCGGGCUUCUUAACGAGGCUCUGGAGCUUAUAAGGAACAUGCCUGUGGAGGCUAAUGGGAGGGUGUGGGGAUCGUUGUUCGGUGCUUGUAGGAUUCAUGGGGAUGUUGAAUUAGGAGAGACUGCAGGGAAGCUCUUGAUCGAGUUGGAGCCCGGCAAACCCGGGCAUUAUGUGCUUCUUGCAAACUUGUAUGCAUUGCAAGGGAGGUGGAAGGAUGCGAUCGAUUUGAGAGACACUAUGAAGAGAAGAGGGGUCGAGCUCGAACCAGGUUGUAGCUUGACUGAGGUUGAUGGUGUGGUGCAUGAAUUUCUUGCAGGUGAUCGAACACAUCCAAGGACUAAAGAAAUUUAUGAUAUGUUGGAUGAGAUAUCUAAGCUGUUGAGAUCUAGAGGGUAUGUCCCGAGCACAAGACUUGUGUUAUUUGACAUCAGUGAAGAGGAGAAAGAGGGGGUGUUGUUUUGGCACAGCGAGAAGCUGGCGAUUGCAUUCUGUCUGAUCUCCACUGGACCAGAGGAAGUGAUUCGGAUUGUGAAGAAUCUUCGGAUUUGUGGAGAUUGCCACUCUAUGGCUAAGGUUGUCUCAGAGGUUUACAAUCGGGAGAUUGUGAUCAGGGACCGGAGUCGAUUCCACCAUUUCAGACAAGGUUCCUGCUCUUGUUUGGACUACUGGUGA